AUGGAUACUACAUUGGAUACAGCUAUGGACUGUUCAGAAAUUAUUGACCCAGGCUUCAACCAUUCAAUUACACCUUUACAAAAAAUGUUUGCUGCUUGUAGUGGGGCUUUAUUAACUUCACUUGUUACAACACCAUUUGAUGUAGUAAAGACCAGAUUACAAUCACAAAGUAUUUCCAAUAAUAAUACUUUCUUAUUUUCAAAUAUCAAACCAUUAGCAUCAACAUCAUAUUCAUCAAUAUCAUCGCCAUUGCCAUCACGUUGUCAGCAAAGUUUAUUUUUUUCAGCAAGAAAUUUAAAACAAAAAUUUUUUUGUCAAUUAGAACCAAAUUUAUCAUCCAAUCUAUGUUGUAUAGUUUCAAAUGCAACAGCAACUCUACCAUCUUCUGCUCAGAGAGAAGUAGUAACAAAAUAUCGCCAACUUAAUGGAAUAGCGGAUGGUAUUGUUAAAAUUGUUCGUUAUGAAGGGAUUACAUCUUUAUGGCGAGGUCUAUCACCAUCAUUGUUAGUUUAA